AGGCGAGUCGGGAGGGCCGAAGGGUAGAGAGGCUCAACCUUCUGGUUUGUUGCACAUCGUAGGCCGCUCUGGGCUCUGGGGCUUGCGUCUCAUUGUCGUGCUGGGUUCCUGGAGCGGAUCCGGGGCAAGAGGGAGGAGAGCUCGGGGUCAAGGGCCGCUGCCGCCCGCACUCGGCGGGGCCGCCAGCCAGGGGUCGCAGCUGGUUGUGGUGGUACUUGCCUUUAACCCCAGCAGUUGGAGGCUGAGGCAGUUGGAUCUCCGAAUCCAAGGCCUGUUUGGUGUGCACGAUUGGAUCCAGUGUGGAAGAGUAAAUCAAGCAGAAGGGGGCUUGUUCUUUCCAUAGUUGGCUCACAGUGGCUCCUCAGGUGCCUUCAGGAUGCCUGCGGCACUUGUAGAAAACAGUCAGGUCAUCUGUGAGGUGUGGGCCAGCAAUCUUGAGGAGGAGAUGCGGAAGAUCCGGGAGACUGUCCUCAGCUACAGCUACAUCGCCAUGGACACAGAGUUUCCAGGUGUUGUUGUACGACCGAUUGGUGAAUUUCGAAGCUCCAUAGAUUACCAGUAUCAGCUUUUGCGGUGCAAUGUUGACCUUCUAAAAAUCAUCCAGCUGGGCCUUACAUUCACAAAUGAGAAGGGGGAGUACCCUUCUGGAAUCAACACGUGGCAGUUCAACUUCAAGUUCAACCUGACAGAGGAUAUGUACUCCCAGGAUUCCAUAGACCUGCUAGCCAACUCAGGGCUGCAGUUCCAGAAGCAUGAGGAGGAAGGGAUCGAUACGUUGCACUUUGCAGAGCUGCUUAUGACGUCGGGAGUGGUCCUCUGUGACAACGUCAAGUGGCUUUCAUUUCACAGUGGUUAUGAUUUUGGCUACAUGGUGAAGCUGCUCACGGAUUCUCGCCUGCCAGAAGAAGAGCACGAGUUUUUUCACAUCCUGAAUCUUUUCUUCCCAUCCAUUUAUGAUGUGAAAUACCUGAUGAAGAGCUGCAAAAACCUUAAGGGAGGCCUUCAGGAGGUGGCUGAUCAGUUGGAUUUGCAGAGGAUUGGAAGGCAGCAUCAGGCAGGCUCAGACUCUCUGCUGACAGGGAUGGCUUUCUUCAGGAUGAAAGAGCUAUUCUUUGAGGACAGUAUUGAUGAUGCCAAGUAUUGUGGGCGCCUCUAUGGCCUGGGCACAGGAGUGGCCCAGAAGCAGAAUGAGGAUGUGGACUCUGCCCAGGAGAAGAUGAGCAUCUUGGCCAUGAUCAACAACAUGCAGCAGUGAUGGUGCGUGCACCGUGCUGCUUGUGCUGUCUGCCCAGCCACUGACCUGCAUCUGCUCCGAGCAGAGACUUUGGGGUUUUGUUUAAAGAUGCCUUUAUUUUAGAUCCAGGAGGGGCUUUGCUCUGAAUUUGUAAACAAGUCUUCCUUGUCCUCAUGCCCACACCCUUCUGCUGCUUCCUGCCACCAGCAUCCAUAGCUCCAUGGACACCUUUUUAAAGCUCCAGGAUGUCUCAAACUAACCAGUAAAAUGUAUCUGACUCUUGUGUGUUGUCAUUCUUCUUCUUUUGGCUUUGCUGCUCUCAUGAAGAUGCUCAGGUGAGCUGAGACUGCCAGAGAACAAGGUGUAUAUUCUUGGGAAGCAGGUCUGUGCCAGCAGGUUCUUUUGCCUUGUUUGUGCUUCUUCAGGACAGAGCAGUCCUGAUGAUACAGUAAGUGAUCCCCUGUGCUGAAAUCUGGAGACAGUUCUGUCUCCUUCCAUGUUGUUAGGCUGGCCCAAGCCUCACCUUGUUCACCUUGGUUUUCAGAUGAUGAACUGCUCUAGACUAGAUCAUACCCCAAGUCCAUCUUGUUCUCAGCAGGGUGAUCUGUCCGCUGUGCUCUUAGCCUCCAUUUCCCCGCCUGUAUUUAGCAAGCCUGAGAUGUCAACAGGUGGUAGAGCUGAGCUCUGGAACUGGAGUCUUAGGAAAGGCACAGGAGUCAGCUGUGAGCAGGACAGUAGGGGAUUCACCUCGGAACCCGUGGAGUCAUCCCCACAGCUGUGCUUGGAAGCCUGUUGACUAUUUUUAAGGUUAGGCAUUUAGGAAGCACACUGCUUUUUAAAUGCCUACAGGAAGGACAACUGUAAGAAAGUAAAAACUUGUUUGGAAGGCAGAGGCAGAUGGCAGCAGCUCACUUAGGCAGGAAUGGUCUUACCUUUUAAAAGCUUGUGGGAAACUGAAUUUGAAAUAACAAAAUGUCAAGUAUUAAAGCUGGUAUUUAAGAUGCUUGUAAAUAGUAUUUAUGUUUUUAAUUUUGUAAAAUAAAGAUUGCUUUUUAACCAUUGG